GAUCAGUGCUGCUGGAUGACCAUGGAAAUUGUAGUAUGACACAACAGAGAGAUGGGGUAGUACUGUGCUGCUGCAGCCGCUGUUCUAACCAAGUUCAUUAUGCGAGUCUAACAAUAUGCUUCUUAACAAAAUAAAAAAAUUCCUUCCAGUAGCACCUUAGAAACCAACUAAGUUUGUUAUUAGUAUGAGCUUUCGUGCACACUGAGUAGUAUGCUUCUUAGUAGCUGCUGCCUGGGAGUGGGGCUGAGCUCCCUGAGGGAAAUUCAAGGGUGGAUUUGCAGCCCCCCCUGAAAUUUACACCUGUGAGUUGGAAUAUAGUUUAUAAUGUUGAAUGCAAAGACCUCAUAUAUACUUUAUAGAAACAUCAUAUAUACUUUAUAAACAUAAUAAAAAAUUCAGAAUAUUCCUGCACAAAUUUGGCCCCAUGAUAGACCACAGUUGGCUGAUGACAGCCUUUCAUGUUAUUCUCUUCCCUUCAAUUAUUACAGUUCCACAUACUAUAAUUAACCAUACUGGUGGUGCAAUAAAAAUAAAUGGUUCACAUUGAAUUAAUUCCUGGAAGGGUUAAUUCCAACACUAUUAUUAUAUGGUCUCAGACCAUUAGCCUUAUUGUCCUGUAUAAAAGGGUGUUGCAAGUAUAUGUCUAUGUAAAUUAAAAGCCAACAGAGAAGGAGCAUCCUACACAGCCAGAAGUGCUAGACGGAGACAAGUGACAGAGUGAGAGAGAGAAGGCAGGGAAAUGUUUGGCAUACGGUUAUUUUUGAUUGCUCUGCUGGUGGGUCUUUUGAUUCUGUACUUCCUGAAACAGCUCUGGUGGUCACGCAGACGCUUCCCUCCAGGGCUCCUUCCACUUCCUGUCAUUGGAAGCAUGUGGCGGACUGCGAUCAGGCUCUAUCAAGAGACAUUCACUAAGCGGACAAAACAAAAUGGAAACACGGAGCCACCUGUGAUGCCUUUCCUUAGAGCUGUAGCAAAUGAAAAGGAUCUUGUAUUUUCCAAUGAACGCAUCUGGAAGCAACAGAGACAGAUUGGGCAGUCUGUUAUGAAGAAGCUGGCGAUGAGGAAGCAAGGGUUGGAGCACUAUAUAAAAGAGGAGGCCCAUCAGCUUGUGGGUACCUUUGCCCGUGUAAAAGGGCAGCCAUUUGACCCUUUGUUACCCAUCACUAAUUCAGUGUGCAAUGUGGUAUGUGCUAUGGCUUUUGGACAUCGGUAUUCUGCUGAAGACGAAAAUUUCCAGAAGCUCACUGAAGCUAUUGAUCUUGCCUUAAAAUGUGGAGGUAGCUUCAUUUAUGCUCUCCGUGAAAUGUUCCCUUGGGUCCUGAAGCGUCUUCCAGGGCCACACAAGAAGGCUCUGUCCUCUAGGGAGUUUGUGCUUUUAUUUGCAAAGGAGGAGAUGAAGAAGCAUAAAGAACAUCAUCUCCUACGUGAGCCACAGGAUUUCACUGAUUUCUAUCUACUUCAAAUGGAGAAAAGCCAGGGUGACCCCAACUCUGUCUAUAAUGCGGAGAACCUGGCCCAGUGUAUACUUGACCUCUUUAUAGCAGGGACAGAAACAACCGCUACUACUCUGCAGUGGGCACUGCUUCUCAUGGCAACUCAUCCAGAUAUCCAAGAGAAAGUCCACAAGGAGGUGGAAGGUGUUUUGGGUUCCUCUCGGUCAGUCUGCUAUCAAGAUUGGAAGAAAAUGCCAUUCACCAGUGCUGUGAUUCACGAGAUCCAACGCUUAAAAUAUGCUUCCUUAUUCAGGAUCAUCAGACAAUGUGCAAAGGAUGUGAACAUCUUUGGAUUUCUCAUGCCCAGGGGAACUUUUAUUAACCCAGAUCUGAACUCUGCUGUUCUUGAUAAUAAGCAAUGGAGGACCCCUGAAGAAUUCAACCCAAAUCAUUUUUUGGACAAGGAUGGGAAUUUUGUGGCCAGGGGAGAAUUUCUGCUAUUUGGUUCAGUGGAUUCUGUGUGCUUGGAGGAGCAGCUUGCAAGAAUUGAGCUCUUCAUUUUCUUCAGCAAUUUGUUGGGGGCGUUCAUCUUCCAGCUGCCAAGUGGUGUGAAAAAAUCCAGUGAACAGCACAAAGUGGGACUGACAACCUAUCCCCAUUCUUAUGAACUCGUUGCCAUUCCUCGCAGCAGGGCAUCAUAAACUAUCAACACAGUUUGAACAGCCUAUUUAUUACCAUAAAUUUCUCGGUUCUGCUCUGAGGUGGAACUUCUAUCAAAAGUUGCAUUAGACCUACGAUAUAAUACAUUGCUAAAUCAAUUUCUGUUGCCGAAUACAGUUCUUCUUCUUUGUUUGCUGUUCAUACACAAGUACUCAGUACAGAUUUCUUGUGAUGUUUAAAACCAGAUGUUUAUCAGUUUGUGCUUUUCAAAGAACAUAAGGAAUGCUUAUUUAUUGAAAAAAAUUGCUGCUAUGGUUUAUUUUA